UUUUUCUUCAUCUAAAUGUCACAGUUAUCAAAAACAAAAUACCAUAGAUGAGGUGCAAAAUACUUAAAAAUUAUUCUAAGUUUCUCAGUAUAAUAAUGUAAGUGAAUUAUUCCCAGUAUAAUAAUAAUCUGAAUGGACAGAACUAAAUAGUUUCUUUGUUCAGAGAUGAUAGGAUAUAUGUGAUUUUCAUAAGUAUUUAUGUUCCCACUAUGAUUUCUUUAAAACAAUGGGAAAUGACCACAACAAAAUUAGAUCAAGACUAUGUGAUGGAUAUUAAAAUAGAAAUUAAGAAAGAGCCUGGACCUGAGGAAUAUGAUAAAGGAUUUAGUAGUGCAGACCUACAAUAUAUGCAGAGUGAGUUGCAUACAGAAGUAGAUAUAACAGAUGUUAAGAAGGAAAAACAAGAAGAUGAUUCAGGUUUUUCCCAAAUCAACAAUAAAAUGGAAACUAUAAAAAGAUCGCACAAAGAACAACAAAUAAAUCAACGUGCUGAAGACACCACAUUAAAUAAAAGUAUAACAGUUCAUAGACAAAAACUUUCCAAUUGUAAAAUUUGCUUUAAGACAUUUACUUCAGCAAGUAAUUUGAAAACACAUUUGCGAACACAUACUGGGGAAAAACCUUACAAGUGUGACAUUUGCUUUAAGACACUUACUACAGCAAGUCAUUUGAAAUAUCAUUUGCGAACACAUACUGGGGAAAAACCUUACAAGUGUGAAAUUUGCUUUAAAACAUUUACUCGAGAAGCUGAUUCGAAAACACAUUUGCGAACACAUACUGGGGAAAAACCUUACAAGUGUGAAAUUUGUCCUAUGCAGUUUUCUCAGCUGGGCCAUUUGAUCACACAUAAGAAAGUACACACUGGAAAAAAACCUUAUAAGUGUGAAAUUUGUUUUAAAAGAUUUAUUACAGCAGGUAAUUUGAAAAGGCAUUUGCGAACACAUUCUGUGGAAAAACCUUACAAGUGUGAAAUUUGCUAUAAGACAUAUACUACAGCAACUCCUUUGAAAGCGCAUUUGCGAACACAUACUGAGGAGAAACGUCACCAGUGUGAAAUAUGCUUGAAAUCAUUUACUACAGCAUUUAAUUUGAAAAACCAUGUGCGAACACAUACUGGCGAAAAACCUUACCAGUGUGAAAUUUGUCUGAGGCACUUUUCCCAGCAAAGCAGUUUAAGAAGGCAUUGUCGAACACAUACUGGGGAAACACCUUUACUGUAGCAAGUAAUAUGAAACAGCAUUUGUAAGCACAUACUGGUGAAAAGCCUUACGCUCCUUUCAGACAAUAUGACUUUGGUUGUGUCGACAGAUGGUCGUACGACUGUUUGUCCUGCUCAUCUUGCUUUCACACUUUACGACAGUAUUCAUCUUUUUGUCGUAGAGAGCACAGGGCGUACAAUAAAUUGAGCAAUCGGGCAUUUAAUUUUAUACAUACACACCAUAGUUUUAUAGAUACAACCCAAAACCAAUUGGUUUUCCUUUUACGUACAUCUGUCUUCCAAAAUAUGGCACAUUUUCCCCAUCUAUUUAUAAAUUUAAAUUAUUACCAAUAUUCUGGGUAGUCAUAGUCAGUCGACAGCGGCUCCUUCUUAUCACAAGAAAUCCCAACGUCCCGUAGGUGUAAAUGCAAAAUUAUUGUUGUUCUGAAGCUAUUUCCUUGUGGCAUUUUUAUAAUUAAGUAUUUUCUAUCGGAAAUAAGCCACAAUUUUACUAAAAAAUGAA